AUGGAUUUUACAAGUGAUGAAGUUAAUCAGUUUGGCGGUAGUUCGAGUACUCCAUCUAACUACGAUGCAUGUGAAAAUGAAAGAUUUCAUGAAAGAAUGGCUGCAUACGUGGCUGCAGCAGAGAUGCCGCUUACGAUAAUAGACUUAAUACACUUUAUCCGACUCGUGCAGAAAUAUCUCCAACCGAGUUGUAAUAGAAAAUGUUAUAUUGCUACUACGGCUCAUUAUAUUGAUCACCUGUGGCUUUUACAUAAAAGAAUUAUUGCAUUCAGAUGUGUAGAAUUUCCCCAUAAUGCCACUAAUAUAUACAUGGUUUUAAAAGAUAUCAUACAGGAAUAUGAUAAAAUUAGACAAGCAAUGAAUUUUAUUACUGUAUCACCAGCAAGAAAACAAGCAUUUAAUAGUUUGUGUGCAGAGUAUGGAUUACAGGAGAAAUCAUUUGCCACUGAUGUAACACAUAAAUGGAACUCUACAUAUCUUAUGUUACAUUCGUGUGAAAAUUACGAUAAAGUGAUUUCACUAUAUUAUAAUGGUAGGCAUACACUCGGACCCGAACAUAAUUUGGAAGAUUGGGAUUGGACUAUUGAAGAGUUGCCUUCUUUAUUUCUUUUAGCUUCAGUAAUGGACCCUCGACUUAAUUUAACUGGCACAAAAACUACUGUAAAGGGGAUAUCAGAUUUUUUGAAUAUAGAAUUAUUACACGUGCAUAUAGAAUCUUUUUUAUGUGAAAUGUAUAAUUAUUAUGCUGAAAAGGAAGAUAGCAAUACAAGUGCUCCUUCAUUUAGUUCUAGUUCUAGCUCAUCAACAUCUAGAGCGAUCAAUAUUGGUGGUACAAAUCUUGAAAUUCUUUCUGAGUUAACAAAUCUUGAAAUUCCUUCUGAGUUAGCUAGGUAUAUGUGCGUGGAUGUUCGUAGUGUGUUGCAAUCGCACGAAUUACAAGAAUUUAGUCUUUUAAAUUGGUGGAGAUGUAACGAAAGGCAAUAUCCAAUUGUAUCAAAAAUUGCACGUGAUCUACUAACACCUCCGGUGUCUACGGAAGCAUCGGAGGCUGCAUUCAGUUUAGGUGGUCGAAUUUUAUCAGAUGAACGAUCAAGACUAAAAGAAGAUAUAUUGGAGGUUUUGAUAUGUUUGAAGGAUUGA